CUCUCCCUCUCUCUCGCUCCCUGUUCCUCUCUCUGCUGAAACGCACGGACCUCCGCAGCCGUCCAGGGAUAAUAUUCUCACCUCCUUCGCUGCAGAACGGACAGUAAAGCCGGCACCUCAGCUCGGCCACCGCCGCCUCUUUUUCUCCUCCUCUCCUCACCCUCUUCCCUCCCCAGAACCGAGACUUAAAUCACGCUCCGCCUCUUCUGAGACUUUGGCAAAAAAACAAAAAACAAACAGUGUUUGCCGGGACACAGCCUGUUCUCCUGCCUCGGUGCAUGCUGGGAGUCUGGAUCCAGCUGGAUCACAGAACAGGACUGCAACCACCGGAACGACAACUACACAUCCUCGCCUCGGGGAAAUAUAGAGACAAAAAAGACACUUCCUGACACCACAGCUACGGUGGCCAGAGAGAGAACUGCAGCUUUUGGGGAGAAGAGGCUCAGUGAAGCUCGAACCAAUCAACUGCGUCCUCCGCCGGGCGGGACUCCGGUUCUACUCCUCUGCUACGAGACACUCCUGACUCACAGGUGGUUGAAGUCCAGGUGACUGCAGUAGUACACAGGCUUUCAUCACUGGAGACUCAGAGAAGAUCAGAAAAAACGUCAACGGUUUAAGGCCGUCCUUCACAUCUGGGUUGUCAAGACAAACGUCAUGAGAAACUGCUGGAUAGACUGUCUCCAGAAUCCAUUGAUGUGGAACACCUAAGAUGGGGACACGACUGGCCACUAUGUUGCAAGCUCAGCAUUAAUCACCUCGACGACGACUACCGCUCAGACUUAACUCCCCAACAUUUGUCCACACUAGCGACUGACGUGCCGCUCUUUUUGCAGAUUUUUUUAUUGCUGGUUUUUGUUUAUCUUCCUUCAACCUCCUUCUUUUCUUCCUUUGGUCUGCAACGCUGUCAAAUAUUGGCCGCUCAACCAUGGCCAAAAGAUUCUGUUCUACCUUUCUGCUCCCCUCCUUUGUUCCCUUUCUGAUGCUCCCUGCAAUGAUGUUCCUCCACCUGCCUGCCGCGGUGAAAGGAGACUGCUGGCUGAUAGAAGGGGAUAAAGGCUACGUCUGGCUGGCUAUCUGCAGUCAAAACCAGCCACCGUACGAAACCAUCCCCCAGCACAUUAACAGCACGGUUCAUGACCUAAGGUUAAAUGAGAACAAACUCAAGGCUGUGCUCUUCACUUCAAUGUAUCGCUUCACCAACCUCACUGACCUCAAUUUAACCAAGAAUGAAAUCAGUUACAUUGAGGACGGGGCGUUUGCUGGACAGGCCAACCUGCAGGUUCUUCAGCUCGGCUACAACAAGCUCACCAACCUAACUGAGGGCAUGCUGCGAGGGUUAGGUCGGAUGCAGUGCCUCUUCUUGCAACACAACCUCAUAGAGGUCAUUGCCAGCAAUGCCUUUUGGGAAUGUCCCAGCCUCAGCAGCCUGGAUCUAUCUUCUAAUAAGCUGGCCCGACUGGACCCCUCGACUUUCACUGUACUCAACAGACUGAUGGUUUGCGAACUAGCAGGAAAUCCAUUCCACUGUGGCUGCGAACUCUACACCUUUCUAUCUUGGCUCGAUGCAUUUAACAACGUCACACACACCUAUGACCGCCUCCAGUGUGAAACGCCACCAGAAAUGAAUGGGUAUCCACUCCUCAGCCCGGUGCCGGGCCACGGAAAAAGUGCCCUCUCCAAGCUUGUCUCCAAGUGUCAUGAAGGUGCGAUAGGGAUCACCUCCCAGUUACCAGAACAAGAUGGGUCAGGGAUCGGUUUGGAAAACCCAGACCAAGGCCUUUACCACCAGCCACCCAUAACAUCUACUGCCGACCCGUCCUAUAACCAUCAGAUCUUGAUGAAAGUUCAAAGUGUCUCUCUUUACUCCGCUUCACUGCUGGUGCAAAUCCCAAGACCAUACAGCAAGAUGUAUGCGCUUUCCCAGUAUAACCAGAGUAACGCUCAGGACAUCAGGCCCCUUAAAAAACAAAAGGAGAUAAUCCCCGUAGAGCAACUAAAACCACACACAAACUACACUUAUUGUGUGGCUUCUAUGAGCAAAUCUCAGCGCUACAACCACACCUGUGUGUCCUUUACCACGCGGGCUAUUGGACCAGAGGACCUGCGGACCAACCCUUCCACAACCACUCACUACAUCAUGACCAUUUUGGGGUGUCUUUUUGGCAUGGUCAUUGUGCUUGGAUUUGUUUAUUACUGUCUCAGACGAAAACGUAUUCAAGAGGAGAAGGAGAAGGCUAUAAGCGUAAAGAAAACUAUUCUUGAAAUGAGAUAUGGCCCUGAAGCAGCAGCAGCAGUGACGAACGACCCAGGCCCCAUGCAACGAAUCCAGGACCAGGCUCACCACCAGCAUCAUCAUUCAGGGGGGGCAGGAAGCAAACUGCCCCAGUCUGCCUCCUCCAGUACAGGCAUGCUACAUGGGUCAGCCAACACCAGUUCCUCUCGUUUGUCCAGUUUGCCACAGGUGGAAAAAAUGGCCAGCGCCUUCACUGAAGCGUUGGGAGGCAAAAGCAACUACAUGGAUGUGAGGACAGCAGGAGUGGUCGGGGACGGGAGGGACGCUACCAUGUCGGCUGUAGGAGUAGGGGUAGUAGGAGAGGUACUUGUGGAUGUGCGAGGUGUAGCUGAGAAUGGAACAGAGGCAGGGGAGGAUUCCGAUGACGAUGAUGGCCGUGGUUCAGCAUCAGAGAUCUCCACCAUAGCCAAGGAGGUGGACAAAGUCAAUCAGAUUAUCAACAACUGCAUUGAUGCCCUCAAACUGGAUGCUGUGACCACGGUGGACAACUCAAGCUCUCUGAGCUGCUCCCAGCCUCCAGCUUCCAUCACAUCACUUCCCCGCAACCUCCUGCCUCUCUCUCCAGGACACCCCGGAGAUCAGGUCAUGGCAUCCUCUCCAAAGCCGCAUCCAAAAUCUCACCCCCAGCCACAUCCUCACCCUCAGCCCCAUCUACAUCCUCCACCACACCCACAGCAACACCUUCAGCAACAGCUACAGCAGCAUCCUCAGCUGCACCAGCCACCACAUCCACCUUCUAUGGCUCCGGUGCCCUUGGUCAUGCCUCUUUCUGAGCGCCCAGGUAUCAGUGGGGGAGGGUUUCUCUCACCUCCUUACCGGGAUCCACCCCCAGCUAAUGCAGUGAGACCACUACAGAGGCAGCUGAGUGCAGACACAGCAGUAGUGAAAAACCGUUGUGGACCUCCCGGUGUGGGAUCUGUUAAGAGCUCCAGGGUCUUCAGCAUGGAUAUCCCUGACCAACGUGGAGACCCUCCCAAAUACCCAUCAGAAAAGAGUAGCCCUGGGGGUUGUGGUGGAGGAGGUGGAAGUGGAGGAGGUGGUGGAGUGGGAGGUUGUAACGGGAAUGGGAUGGGAAAUAUAAAUGGAGGUGGAGUGAGUGUAAAUGGAGGUAGCAUGGGUUGUAAUAACGGGAAUGGAGGUGGAGUGAUUGGACCUGGACAGCAGCAGCAGCAACAUCACUUGGAGGUUCAGCCAGACUACCAUAGUUCUGAGCAUCGCCACUCCUUUCCUGCACUCUACUACGAGGGUGGCAAUGAGUCACCCUCCCCUACCCAAAAGGCCUCAUUCCUCAAGCCCCUGGGGCGCAGUAAGAGGGAGGCCACAGCUGCCUACUCCCAGCUGUCGCCUUCUCGCAACCACAACUACAACUCUGGAUAUUCCUCCAGCCCAGAGUAUUCAUCUGAGAGCACACUGCGGAUCUGGGAGCGAUUUCGCCCUUACAAAAAAAGUCCCAGAGAAGAAGCGUCCUAUAUAGCUGCAGGGCACGCCCUGCGGAAGAAGGUGCAGUUUGCAAAGGACGAAGACCUUCACGAUAUUUUGGACUACUGGAAAGGAGUUUCUGCCCAGCAAAAGUUGUAAGCUGAAAGGAAAUUUGCUGAAUUGUCAAGGGGACGCCAACAGCAGACUAUUUAAGAGGACAGCCGUUAUUGUUCAUGUAGCAACAGAGAUCACGAUAUUUCCUCUGUGGUGAUCAGGGACAUGGGUCAUGCAGAUCUGCCGCAUCGAGAAUGAGAAACUGUUUGCUCUGAGGGUUUUUCCACUGAUCUAGACAUAUUGCUGUGAUAAGUCAUUGACAUUUUGAGAUCCAACUCCUGACGUUCGCUGUGUUCGGCACAAUUCUAUUUGAUGAUUCAAACCAUUUACCUGACUGCCUCACGCAGGGCACUUUGGUCCUUACAGGCUUCCACGAACCCACUUUAUACCCCUUAUGAGCAAAGCAAAAGGUGUUGAUAAGCAAGUGUCUACUACCUCAUUUCCUGGCACACUGUAGCUCAGCUAUCGCAGCAGAGGCAUCGUCGUUCAUGAUUACAGUAACAUUCAUUACAGUAAGCUCUGUGCUCUGGUGUGUAAUCCUGACAAACUACCGUUCACAAAUCAAAUCAAUGUGAGAAACUGACAACACCUGCUCUCCUAUAGACGCAUCAUUUAGGGGAUAAUUGGGAAGCGGGCCGACGAAUCAGGCACACUUGUUUUGGGAACAGUUGGAAUCUCCCACUUUGUGAAAGACACUAAGCGAUACUUACAGGGC